UUGGCCUCCCACCUCCCUCAUUUAAUCCAAAAUAUUCUGCAUUCCUAUGAACAAGAAUAUAAGUCACUCUUUCGGUCAAGGUACCUUCGACCCAUAUUUUUUCUUGGACCGGGUCAGGGUCUGAACAGACUUGUUCACAGACGCAACCUUGAAAUCUUGUGGACCCAAGAUGCACUGGAAGACCCAAAAACAAACUGGAGGAACGAUGAUAUUUUCACUGAUCCGUCAGUCCAAGGCAAACUCCUCAGAAUUGAAGGUAUAGUGCAAGAUUACAGGCUGUAUGCAACAUUUGGUGACACAGAGAUCGAGUUAGAUGCCAACCGAAAAGACAGCCUCUGGAAAAAAGGCCAUGUGUUCUUUUAUCUUGGAUUUACAAUCGGAGGUCCUGUUGCUUACAACGUUCACAGAGCUGAGGAACCAUCGGAGAGACUUCUGAAGACGUUUGACAAUGAAACAGACUCCAGUCAGUGGACUAAGCUGAAACCUGAAGUUGAGAUAAUGGAGGAGGUUCAUACUUACAGCCUGCAGUCUGAAAGUGGCAAAUAUGAAUGCAGCGAGUCUGCCUUGCAGUGGGUUUGUAAGGAAACCGUCAGCUUCAGAUACCAGUUUAGCUCAUGGGAGCGAUUCAUGAGGAAACCUGUAUGCAUGGACUACAUACCAGCAGGACCCCUAAUGGACAUCAAAGUCACAGAUGGGAAGCUAGAGGAAGUCCGUCUGCCGCACUGGAUCUGUACAGGUGAAGUUGCAGCGAUGUCAGACAUAUUUCGAGUUCUGCAUGUGGACAGCAGUGGAGGUUAUUUGGAGCAAGUGUCUGAAAUGACAUCAUCCCAUGUGACGUUAAACAAGCUGGAGUUCUCUCUAAGAGGAGCCAUGAUCCUAAAGAAACUGGGCCUAUAUCUAAAAGUUUUUGCUGAUGUCUUGAUAUACAUGCAAAUCACAUCUGGCCUCACUCUGCACGUUUACCUGGUCCCACGAUUUCGUGGUUUGCCAUUGGACAGCUCUGACUGGCAGAGCGAGUGAGGCAGCAGCUGUUGUAGACGAGCUUCAGGAAAAGGAUGUGAUCUCUGAGGACAAACAUGGUGCUGAGA